UGCUGAGGCCCAUGAGGGCUAGCACAUAGGUAGGUCACUAGAAGCCAGUGUCGUGUAGCAGUGGGCUAUAGUUCUUUCUGGAGGGGACCCCAGAGGCCUGGACAAGAUUCCUUUUCCUGGGGUCCUGGUACCUUAGAUGAGGCUCAACCCUGCCCCCAACUUUCUCUGAAAGACCUCAGAAGUUGGGACACAGGGGUGGCAGCACAGAUCUCUCUAUUCUAAAGUUCAGAGCCAUGGAAGAGGGGGUGUGAGCCCCAGUUCCAGUCCUGUUCUUAGCUCAAUGCCCCCAGGAAGGAAUUAGAGGAACAUUACUGGGCGGUGCUGGCUGCUGCUCUUGAGCAGAUUACAAGAGGGGCCGAGACAAGGACUCCUUUGUGGAAGCUUUGGCUUAGAAAGUCAGGUGACAACGCAGCACACAUGUAGGUGGGCAGUGCCAGCCUCCAAGUACGGGCAAGGGUACCUGCCUCAGGGUCUCAGAGAGUCCCAGCAACCCAGUGGCCAGGACUUUUCCGAGGUUGCCUGAACUGCCGGAACCCUACCUGACCCAAGCCCACCUACUGCUGCACAGUGCCAAGCCAUGACUGUCACCUACACAAACAAAGUAGCCAAUGCCCGUCUCGGUUCCUUCUCCUGCCUGCUCCUGUGCUGGCGUGGUAGCAUCUACAAGCUGCUGUGUGGGGAGUUCCUCGUCUUCAUGUUCCUCUACUACGCCAUCCGUGGAGUCUAUAGAAUGGCUCUCUCGAAUGAACAGCAGCUGUUGUUUGAGAAGCUGGCUCUGUACUGCGACAGCUACAUUCAGCUCAUCCCUAUAUCCUUUGUUCUGGGUUUCUAUGUGACGUUGGUGGUGACCCGCUGGUGGAACCAGUACGAGAGCUUGCCUUGGCCGGACCGCCUUAUGAGCCAGGUGUCAGGCUUCGUGGAGGGCAAGGACGAGCAAGGUCGGCUGCUGCGGCGCACACUCAUCCGCUAUGCCAUCCUGGGCCAAGUGCUUAUCCUGCGCAGCGUCAGCACCGCGGUCUUCAAGCGCUUCCCCACUCUUCUGCACCUGGUGCGAGCAGGCUUUAUGACCCAUGAGGAAUAUAAGCAUUUGCAGAAGUUGGGCCUACCACACAACUCAUUCUGGGUGCCCUGGGUGUGGUUUGCCAACCUGUCAAUGAAGGCCUAUGUUGGAGGUCGAAUCCGGGACACUGUAUUGCUCCAGAGCAUGAUAAAUGAGAUGUGCACCUUGCGAACUCAGUGUGGACAUCUGUAUGCCUACGACUGGAUCAGCAUCCCACUGGUGUACACACAGGUGGUGACAGUGGCAGUAUACAGCUUUUUCCUCGCAUGUUUGGUGGGGCGGCAGUUUUUGAACCCAGCCAAGAACUACCCAGGCCACGAGAUGGACCUCGUCGUGCCUGUCUUCACAAUCCUGCAAUUCUUAUUUUACAUGGGCUGGCUGAAGGUGGCAGAGCAGCUCAUCAACCCCUUCGGAGAAGAUGACGAUGAUUUUGAGACCAACUGGAUCAUUGACAGAAACCUGCAGGUAUCCCUGUUGUCUGUGGAUGAGAUGCACCAGGAUUUGCCUCCCAUGGAGCGUGACAUGUACUGGAAUGAGGUAGAGCCUCAGCCACCCUACACAGCUGCUUCUGCCCAGUAUCGUCGACCUUCCUUCUUGGGCUCCACCUUCAACAUCAGCUUGGACAAAGAAGACAUGGAGUUUCAGUCAAACGAGGAUGACGAAGAUGAGGAGAACCCUGGCGGCAUCAUUGGACGCUUCUUAGGGCUGCAGUCCACUGACCACCAUCCUCCCAGGACAGAUUCAAAGACCAAACUAUUGUGGUCCAAGAAUGACCCCUACCUGGAGGGCCAUAAGGCCAAGCACAACUCUAGAGACCAGGAAGAUAAUGCCUGGAAACUUAAGGGUCUGGAUGCUUUCAGGGCCACUCCACUGUUUGAAAGGCCAGGCUACCACAGUGCCCCACAGACACCACUCAGCCAUACUCCCAUGGUCUUCCCUCCUGAGCAGUCAGCAGCCUCCAAGCCUUACUUAGUCACAGGUGAUGGGAAAUCCCGAGAGCACCAAACAAAGAGGAAAACUGUGGAGUUUAACUUGAACAUUCCGAAGAAGAGCCCCACAGGACGUCCCAGAAAACACCAUUUGGACCAGGGGCCAACCAACACACACACUACACCGAAGGAGCACAUAGAGCCCCAUCCCACCUUGGAAAGCAGGGAUGAAGCUGGCACCUAACCUGUUUCCUAAGAUUGAUGCUUCACGGCCUGGUCCUCACCUGCAGGAAUGCCAGCAGGACACUGACCCAGUCAGAGGCACACAGCUGUAUGAGACACCCAAGAGUAUGUUCCCAUGACAGUCUGGCAAGUAAUUCAGAACCUGGGGUGCUGAGUCCUGUCUGGACACACCUGUGUCUUUCGAUCUUUCCCAAACUAAGGAGUUUA